AACUCUUAUAUUUUUUCAAAAAAAAAUCAUGGCUUCUCGUGCUUUUUCUACUGCUAUCCGUGCCGCUGCACGCGCUACUGUUUCCCGUCCUACUGUUGCCAUCAGACCUAUGUCUGUCUUGGCUAACACUAUGAGACGCACAGCUGUCAAGUCUACCAUUGCCACCCAAACACGUAGCAUGAAGACAUUAAACUUUGGUGGAUCCGAAGAAACUGUCUAUGAACGUUCUGAUGUUCCCAAGGAAAAGUUGCUCGAUACCUUCAAGAACGAUACCAUUGCUGUCCUUGGUUACGGUCCUCAAGGUCGUGGUCAAGCCCUCAACUUGCGUGAUAACGGUGUCAAUGUUAUUAUCGGUCAACGUGAAGGUAAAACCUAUCAACAAGCUAUUGAAGAAGGUUGGGUUCCCGGUAAGAACUUGUUCCCUGUUCUUGAUGCCGUUGAUAAGGGUACCGUUGUCAUGAACCUCUUGUCCGAUGCCUAUCAAAAGGAAAUCUGGCCUCAAAUGAAGCCUCUCUUAACUCCUGGUAAGACUCUUUAUUUCUCUCAUGGUUUCUCCAUUGUUUACAAGGAUCAAACCAACAUCGAAGCACCUGAAGGUGUUGAUGUUAUUCUCGUUGCCCCCAAGGGUUCCGGUUUCACUGUCCGUCGUCUCUUCCAAGAAGGUCGUGGUAUUAACUCUUCUUUUGCUGUUCACCAAGAUGCUAGUGGUCAUGCCAAGGAGCGUACCAUUGCUUUGGGUAUCGGAAUCGGAUCUGGUUACAUGUACGAGACCACUUUCGAGAAGGAAGUCUACUCUGAUUUGUUCGGUGAGCGUGGUGUCUUGAUGGGUGCCAUUCAAGGUUUAUUCCAAGCUCAAUAUGAAGUUUUGAGAGCCAAUGGUCAUUCUCCCUCUGAAGCUUUCAACGAGACUGUUGAAGAAGCCACUCAAUCUCUUUACCCCUUGAUUGGUGAGCGUGGUAUGGAUUGGAUGUACUCUAACUGUUCUACUACUGCUAUGCGUGGUGCUCUUGAUUGGUGGAAGCCUUUCCAUGAUGCCUCUAAGCCUGUCUUUGAAGAUCUCUACAAGUCUGUUCGUGAUGGUACAGAAACUGCUCGUUCUCUUCAACGUAACUCUGAGCCUGAUUACCGUGAGAAGCUCGAGGCUGAACUUGCUGAAAUCCGUGAAUCUGAGAUCUGGAGAACUGGUAAAACUGUUCGUCAACUCAGACCUGAAAACGCUGGAAAGAACUAAGUUUGUAUAGUAAAAAAAAAAAAAUAUUAGAUCCUUUUAACACAAAAUAUCACCCCCUUACUCUUUUAUAAAAAGAGAAAAUAACUGUAUAAAAAUAAAAAAGCAUAUUAAAACAAUCAUAAU